AUGGAGGUUUAAUUCAUUUGGUAGAAGGGAAAAUGUAUCAAAGACUUCAACUAUUAUCUUGUUAGGGUACUCAAUCAACUAAUUAUAUUGGAAUUUAAUUGGGGAAUCCAAAUGAAUAAUUAAUAAUAAAAUACUAACAUUCAAUAUAGAAUGAUGAAUUAGAAGUGCUUCAAUAAAUUAAAAAAUAAUAAAAUUAAACACAACCUAGAUGAACAUAUAAUUAAAAUACUUGGAAUACAGGUUUAGGCAGAAUCAAUAGUAUUAGUUGUUAUGGAAAAAGGUAAAGGUAAUAUUUUAGAGUUAAUCAAUUCUAAUUAAUCUCUUAGUUUAGUUUAGAAAAUAAAGUUAUUUGAAUAAGUAAAAUAUAUCAUAAUUUAAAGAUGGUAGAAGGAGUAAUAGAAUUACAUAAUUUAGGCUAUCUUCAUAGAGAUCUGAAACCAGAAAAUUUUGUCUAUUUUGAAAAUGAAAAUAAAGAUUAUAAAGUCAAAUUAAUAGAUUUUGGAUUAGCAAUAAAUGAAUUCACAACUAAUAGUAAAUGGCUGGGGACUUUAAAUUACAUGGCACCUGAAUUAAUGCUAACAGGGGAGACAUAUGAUAAGACUACUGAUAUUUGGAGUCUUGGAAUCAUACUAUAUGAACUACUUGUAUAAAAAAAAUUUUUAUAAUGUUUUUAAUUUAUUUAUAUUUAGCUAAAUCAGAUAAAGAAUUCAAAUAAUAAAUGCUUAAUUUAUCUUAGGAGUGGAUAGAUAAUAAAAUAAACAAAGUUGAUGAUUUAGAAUAACCAGAGAAGAAGUUAAUCAACUUAAUGUUAUAAAAAGAUAGUAAAAAGAGAAUUAAUUUGGAAAUUUUAUUAUAAAUAAUAAAGGAGUAUUUUCAUACAAUUAAGUAAUUAGAAGAAUAAAACUUAUUAGAAUUACAAGAAAUAAGAUAAUCGUCAAUUAAUAAACUGGAAUUCUUUAAAAGUACAAUAUAUAUAUAUAGAUUUAAAAUCUAAAUUAAAAGUUAGAAAUAGUUAAUAAUAUAAAUACAGAAUAUUAAGAAAAGUAAUAAUUGUCAUCUGAUAUUAAAGAUGAAUUGAUAAAAUGUGAAGAAAAAAUCAUGAAAAUUGAAGAAAGAUUAUAAUAUAAACAAAAUUCGUAGACAAAAGAGAUGCUUAAAAGACAUUAUAGUGAGAUAAUUCAAGAAAGUGAAUAAUAAAUAUAAGCUAAUAAUCUCAUUAUGGAAAAAAUUUUAAAAUAAAUAAUUUUACUAGAAUUGUCAAUAGAAGAGUAGGAAUUGAAAAAGAAAUAAGAAGAGGAAUUAAAAAAAGAAUAAGAAUAAUAUCAAUUUUUACUUUUAAUUGUUAGAUAAUUGUUUAGUUCAUAAAUUACAUAGAUUAAUAAAAUUUCAUAAGAAAUUUGCUUUUAUCAAAGAAUUUAAUUAUAAAUUUUUGGAGAAGAGUAGAUUUUAUAUUUGAUAAAGUAGCACAAAAAAAUAACAUAAGAUAUCCAAGAGUUAGAAUAAUAGGACAAGAUAAUUUUGUAAUUAGAUUCGUUAUAACAAAAAAUGAAUAUUUAUUCAUAAUUUAAUAACACACUAGAAGGAAUUUAAUAAGCUUAAAAUAGUCUCAAAAUUUCAAUUGAAGAAGCCAAUAAAUCUAUUGAAAAAACUGAUAGAUAAUAUUUGAAUUAUCACCAUAAAUAAAUAAAUGAAUUAAAUGAUUAAUUAAAAGAUUUAUUCGAAACAUUUUAAUAUCAACUUCAGCAUUAAAAAUAUACGGAUAAAAUAAAUGAAAUAAUUUCUGAUAUAGCACAGGUUUGUAGUAUGUUAAAAAUUCUUGAAUAAUUAAUAUCUUCAAGAACGUUGGAAGCAUAUUAAGAAUACAAAACAAAAUAUAUUUAGAUUUAAUAAUUUUUAAGUGAUAAAUAACAAUAACAUAAAUAAUUGCAUCAAUAAAUUUAUAAUGAUUAAUGUUUUGAAUANAUUUUUAUAAUGUUUUUAAUUUAUUUAUAUUUAGCUAUAUUACAUCAAAAAUUAAAAUAGAAUUAGCUAAAUUAGGCUAUAAAUCAGAUAAAGAAUUCAAAUAAUAAAUGCUUAAUUUAUCUUAGGAGUGGAUAGAUAAUAAAAUAAACAAAGUUGAUGAUUUAGAAUAACCAGAGAAGAAGUUAAUCAACUUAAUGUUAUAAAAAGAUAGUAAAAAGAGAAUUAAUUUGGAAAUUUUAUUAUAAAUAAUAAAGGAGUAUUUUCAUACAAUUAAGUAAUUAGAAGAAUAAAACUUAUUAGAAUUACAAGAAAUAAGAUAAUCGUCAAUUAAUAAACUGGAAUUCUUUAAAAGUACAAUAUAUAUAUAUAGAUUUAAAAUCUAAAUUAAAAGUUAGAAAUAGUUAAUAAUAUAAAUACAGAAUAUUAAGAAAAGUAAUAAUUGUCAUCUGAUAUUAAAGAUGAAUUGAUAAAAUGUGAAGAAAAAAUCAUGAAAAUUGAAGAAAGAUUAUAAUAUAAACAAAAUUCGUAGACAAAAGAGAUGCUUAAAAGACAUUAUAGUGAGAUAAUUCAAGAAAGUGAAUAAUAAAUAUAAGCUAAUAAUCUCAUUAUGGAAAAAAUUUUAAAAUAAAUAAUUUUACUAGAAUUGUCAAUAGAAGAGUAGGAAUUGAAAAAGAAAUAAGAAGAGGAAUUAAAAAAAGAAUAAGAAUAAUAUCAAUUUUUACUUUUAAUUGUUAGAUAAUUGUUUAGUUCAUAAAUUACAUAGAUUAAUAAAAUUUCAUAAGAAAUUUGCUUUUAUCAAAGAAUUUAAUUAUAAAUUUUUGGAGAAGAGUAGAUUUUAUAUUUGAUAAAGUAGCACAAAAAAAUAACAUAAGAUAUCCAAGAGUUAGAAUAAUAGGACAAGAUAAUUUUGUAAUUAGAUUCGUUAUAACAAAAAAUGAAUAUUUAUUCAUAAUUUAAUAACACACUAGAAGGAAUUUAAUAAGCUUAAAAUAGUCUCAAAAUUUCAAUUGAAGAAGCCAAUAAAUCUAUUGAAAAAACUGAUAGAUAAUAUUUGAAUUAUCACCAUAAAUAAAUAAAUGAAUUAAAUGAUUAAUUAAAAGAUUUAUUCGAAACAUUUUAAUAUCAACUUCAGCAUUAAAAAUAUACGGAUAAAAUAAAUGAAAUAAUUUCUGAUAUAGCACAGGUUUGUAGUAUGUUAAAAAUUCUUGAAUAAUUAAUAUCUUCAAGAACGUUGGAAGCAUAUUAAGAAUACAAAACAAAAUAUAUUUAGAUUUAAUAAUUUUUAAGUGAUAAAUAACAAUAACAUAAAUAAUUGCAUCAAUAAAUUUAUAAUGAUUAAUGUUUUGAAUAAAUAAAUGGAGUAAGAAUAAAUAAAUUAUAAAAAACAAAAGAACAAUUAGAAUAAUUUAAAUAUAAAAUGAAUCAAUUAAAAAAUUAGAUAAAAAAUUUGAUCAAUAAUCAAUAUUGCAAUAAUGAAUAAACAAGCUUUUUAAUUAAUAAUGAAUUAAUAAAGUUUGAUAAAAAGAUAGAUGAGUUGGAAAAGUAAUUUGAUAAUUUCAAUAAAUUUAAUACAUAAAAUUAUAAUUCUUGUGAAAUUAUUAGUAAUUAAAUAGAUUUAUUGGAAGAGUUUUAGAGAAAAUUAAAUGAAGAAAACAAAAAUUAAAUAGAAUAAGUAGAUUAAUUUAAGUUGAUUAUUGAAAAUAAAGCAGCUGAACACAAAAGUAAAUAAGAAAAGAAAAUUCUAAAUUUAAAGAAUCAAUUAUAGAUUAAAUAUAGAAUAUUCUAAAAUGUUCUAUUUUAAAUUAAUCAAUUUGAAAAUUUAGAAUAUUAGGAAAACAUGAGGGCAAAGUAUAGAGAACUUGAGAAAUAAUUGGAAUAAGAAAUAGAGAUCUUGAAAGAAUAUUUAAGGGUUUAGUAUGUAAAUUAGAAGUUAUUUGAAGAAAAAUUAAAAGAUAUUAAAUAAAAAGGAGGAUAAUAUCAAUAAUAAUUUGAACAUUUGCUCAAGAGAUUACAAUAAAUUAAUCUAUAAAAAGGUAAAAGGCUAGAGAAUAUAAUAGAUAGAGUUUCUAAGAUGAAUAAUGAAUUACUUUUUAAUUAGCUGAGUAAAAAUGUAAUUAAGAAUUAUGAAUAUUUAAAACUGCGAGAAGAAUAAUUAUCAAUAAUAUUCUAUUCAAUAGACUAAAAUAUAUCUAAUAAAUAAUUAAACCCUGAAUAAUUAAAAGAAUUAAAAAAAAGAAUUCUUCAGUUAUGUAAUGAAUUAGAUGAAUUAUCGAUAUAAUUUCCUUAGAAUGAUGAAAUAUAAAAGUUCAAAGAAGCUAAUCAAUAAAAUUUGAAAUCAUAUAAAAUAUUGCAUGCUUUAUUAAAUUAUAUAAAAUAGUAUCACCUAACAAGAUAUUAUGAACGAAUUAAAGAAGAGGCAAAUAAACUAAAAAAUAUUUAAUAGAAUAACAAUUUAAAUUAUUACUAAAAGCUAGACUAAUUUAAAUUAAACGAAAAUUAGGAAGAAAACACAAAAAAGGAGAAAGAAUCUUAAGAUAUAUUACAAAAAUAUAACACUAUUUUAUGUAAUAGUUACAAUCAGAUGACUAUAGAAGCAAUGGAAAUAGAUAAAAAUAAAUGGAAAAACAGAUUGAUAUUAUAGAAAAUUAAAUAAAAUAAAAAUGCUUAGUAAAAUUAAGAGCUAAUUAUAAAGAUUAAUCAGAUAUAAAAGAGAUUAUUAAUAAUAGAUAAUAUUAUAAAAUAACUGAAUUCUCAUAAAUGCUUAUCAUGA